AAAUCUGGAUAAAUAGGAAAGAAAAAGAAAAUACAGAAACGAAACGAAGUUGUGGGCUUUGUAGCCUGUGGCCCUGUGGGGAAGACCUUGUGGCCUGUGGGGGUGUGUCUGUGAGUGAGUGAGUGUGUGAGAGAGAGAAGGCGACAGAGAGAGAGAGAAAGAGAGAGUGAUAGCGAGAGAGAGGUUGUGUGUGUGUGCUGUGUGUGGGGUUUCUCUUGACUGGUUAUUGUGGUUCUUCUGUUUUUUGCUUUCUCUGCCGACAGAAAAGAGUCCUUAAAGAUUAAAGAGCAGAAAAAGGCUAUAAAACAGAGUGUUUCUUGUUUAUUUCUCUCUUCCCUUCUUUAGUUCCUUUUGGGUGGCUGAGCAUUCUAUAUACAGUCUGGACAUGGAUUUCUGUCGAAAUCUGUCAAUUUCCGGUGGCUUGCAGUCCGAACUCCCGCCGGAGCAGGUUAUGUCUCCGGUUUGCUCAAAGCUUGAUGGCUUAUCUGGUUCUUUGGACGACCUUUUCCCCGCUGAAAAUACGGAAGGUGAUGUUGGCUUGGAAUGGCUCUCAAUCUUUGUUGAGGACUGCUUAUCCAGCAGUGGAAUCUGUAUCCCAGCACCCACGAUUACCCAAAACAACCAAACCCCAGAAGCCUCAAAGCCCUCAAAGAGAAACCACCAGAACCCAUCUCUAAGAGACUUUGUAAUCCCAGGCAAGGCCAGAAGCAAAAGGAAAAGAGCCACUGCAACCCCUUUAAGAAAUUGCUCUCAUCUGUGUCUGGACCCACACAACCAGCCCCUCCUUCUGGGCUCCUCAGAUCCCCCUCUUCUCCAACAAGCAUACUGGUUAGCUGAUAGUGAACUCAUGGUGCCCAAGAAGGAGAACAAUGAUAGUCACAGCAACAGCAGCAGAAGAAUAUGUGAAGAGGAAAGAAGAGAGGAGAAAGUGGUGGUGUGCAAGGAAAGCUUAGAGGGUGGUAGUGUUGUGCAGCCAAGGAGGUGCACCCAUUGUCUAGCACAAAGAACCCCACAAUGGAGGGCAGGGCCUUCAGGUCCAAAAACACUGUGCAAUGCCUGUGGGGUGAGGUUCAAGUCAGGCAGGUUACUGCCUGAGUAUAGACCAGCCAAGAGCCCCACCUUUGUGAGCUACAAGCACUCCAACUCUCACAAGAAAGUGAUGGAGAUGAGGAUGUCUGUUCAUACUCAGACUGAGUAGUGACAGUUACUUUAAUUUCUACUUCCAACUUAUGUAAAGACCAGACUAUCAGAAAGGAGAGAGGAAGAGGUAAAUGUAUAUCAAUGUCAGUGUAUUCAGUGUUACUUGUAGUUUGUUUGAAUGGAAGAUGGUGAGAACUGAGAAGGAGAAGUGCCUUUCAGAUUUAAUACAUCUACCUAGUUUAUGAUCAGGCCAAGUCUAUGGCUCUGCGUUUUUUACUGGUAACUAGUCCAGAAAAGGCAUUCUCUUCUACUUCACUCAAAAAACUCAUUCUUGAUUCUUU